GAAAGUGAACGAAUAGCAGAGGAAUUGCCAAAAGCUACUGAUCCUCCGCAGCAAACUAUCGCUGAAUCAACCGAAGCUAGUGCAAGAGAAAAAGAAAAGGAAAAGAAAGAGGUAUGUGAAAUGAAAAAAAAAAUAUUCCAGGGUGAAAUCAGUGGCGAUGUGAGCUCAAGCAAUACUGCGUUGUCGACUCGUCAGUAUCUAGAUCAAACUGUAGUACCAAUAUUAUUGCAAGCGCUUGGUGCUUUAGCCAAAGAGCGCCCACCUAAUCCAAUUGAAUUCGUGGCUAAUUAUUUGAUGAAAGAGAAAGAUCGAUUCACUGUUGCAACACCUACGACGGCUAAUACGGAAGCAUCACACUAA